CAGGAGGGUGAAGGCGGGGCGCGGGCUUCGCGAUGGCACCGCCUCCCCCGCGGCUCCCCCGCCUCCCUGAGGGCGGGGCAGGCGCCGGCGCCGGCCGGGGAGUCGCAGUACCGGGCGCCCGGGCUGGAGGUAAGCUUUCCCGUCUGGCCGCGGGCCCAACCCCGCCGCGGCCGCCCGGCCUGCGUCACCCGCCCUCGCCCGGGUUUUGUGAAGUUGCCCUGACGUGGCGGUCGCUUCGUGGCGGUCGGUCGGCCGGCUCCGGCGUCCGUCACUGCGUAGUCGCCGCUGGCCCCGCGGAAAGCGCUCCGGGGUCUGCAAAAGCGUACGGCGCCCUCGUCUGCCCCUCGCCCAGGCCCAGCGGAAGCCGACCUUUUGCCGGGCCUGUCCGGGGUUCCCCGGCGCUCGCGGGUAUUACGGAAGAACCGCGCGGCCGGAAGCGGCCCAGCCCUACUCGCCGCCAGUGGGCUCCUGGAGCCCGGGCCUGAGAGUCCAGAGGGGCCCGGGCUCCGGCUGCCCGCGCGCUGCACAGCCUUGUCUGUGAUCCAGUAUAGCUGAUGGGAGUGGGAACAGUUACGUGCAGAAGGGAAAAAUCCAGUGAUAAGGGAACGGAGUAGGGUUUUUAGAACAGUUUUUUUUUUAAGAUAAUGUCAUCAGGUGCAAGACACUUGUAAGCAUUUAUUUAUAGUUAUAAAUAAUUGUGACUUGCCAAAUAAAACUAAGGGAAUUACGUUGAAUUUGCGGGAAAGCAUACAAAUACAUACGUAAGGUUGAACCUCAGAGGACACAGUUCAUGCUUCAUUAUGGAAAAAAUGGGAUUAAGAGAAAGAGGGCUUGGGUUCUUGAAGGCCUAAAGGAGGGGUGAGAAUUUAGGAAAGAGGGAGGGAUUGGCAGACUACGGAGGAUGAAGAGGGAAGGAAGGAAUUCUAGGUGAGAUGAAGAAGGGUUAAUCCGGCUGGCCAAGUUACAUUUUGUUACAUAAAGAAUUGUACCAGCAACCUUUUGUAAAGAGUGAAAUUGGGAGGGAAGGGAAGAAAUGGAGGAUAUCUAAAAUAAAAUUAGAUGAUAUCUUUCAAGCCUUUCCAUGUUGUUGUUUUCUGAAAAGUAAAGGGAUAAUCAGAUUGGCUGAGAUGCGCAAACCAAACCAAACCCCAAUGUGCUGCUUCGUUCAUUUUUUCAUUCUUUGUUAUUAAAUCUUCAGGUUGUCUAACAUUUGACAGUUUUGGAAAAGCCUGUGGCAAUAGGCCUCACAAUGAAGAGGCUUGUGAAACAGCAUCCACAAUCUUCCAAAAAGUCAUAGUUGAUAAAGAUGUGAAACUUUCUUCAGUCUACAGACAAUGCUCAACGCACACACAAAUUACAAAACUUCGUAGAGAAAUUCUGCAGCCCCAAGGCAUUUCAGGAAUAUUAUUACCAUCUUUAGAACUAACAACUCAAUGCUGCUUCCCAUUAAAAUCCAGUUUGCAAGCUUUGAAUAACAGCCAAGUCAUCAUCUUCUAAAAAGCAGUCCUGGACUUCCCUACAGUUUAUCCUUUUAGCACAAAAUAACCACAAGGUGCAGGUAUGCCACCACUCCGCCUACCUUCUAGCAUCUUGUGAGAGAACAGCCGGGCCAGUCUCACUUCCCUGGGAACUGAUGUUAGGUUUAGGUGCAGAUGUUCUUAAAUGGAAACAUAUAGCAUAUAUGCCAGAAUAGGAAGUAAAAUUUUUCCAAGAUACCAUUCUUCAGAAAAAAGUUGCCUUAAGUUUUUGUCUUUGUCCUUUUUGAACAAAGUACUCUUCAGGAAGACAAUAUGUCUUGAAAGGGCCUCGAGCAAUGGCAGUUUUCUAAUAAGGGUUACCUAAAAAAUUAUGGGGAAAAGGUGAAGACAUUCCUGAGGGUACAACCUUGGAGAAUAAGCAUAGGAGAUCAUUAUUAGUAGGCUUUUUAAAAAGUCACUGAAAAGAGAAACGCAAGAAGUACUUAUUUGUGGAGAUAGUGAAUAUAGAGGGGGGAAACAUACCUGUCUUGAUGUUUAACAAAUGGUUUUUGGAGACCCCAUAAUAUCUCCACUGACAGUAUCCUAUUCAAUUUAAAACAUGUUCUUUUCGGGUGAACCCUCUUGCAUUGUUGGUGGGAAUGCAAACUGGUACAGCCACUCUGGAGAACAGCAUGGAGGUUCCUCAAAAAGUUAAAAAUAAAAAUACCCUACGAUCCAACAAUUGC